AUGUCCCUCCUGCAGUGUUCCCUGUAAUGUCCUCCAGCCGAUGCCGGUAUCCGUCUUCUUGCUUCCAUCCCCUGCAACGUCAGGACGUACGGGGGAUGGAACUGGAGGGAAAUUUGAAAGUUGUAAAAUAAAAUCUGAUAGUAUUCCAUUCCUGUAUCAAACCAUUUCACAUACAUUUUGUCCCGAGUGCUUUGUCCGGCGCCCUGCCUGCAUUUUUACUGUUCUUUCUGCCUGGAAACUGAGAAAACGUCCAUGACGUCCAAAAAGCGUCCCUUUAGGUCAAAAGCGGUUUUAGACCGGCUAGAGAACAGCGAUAGUAAAUCAGAACCACUUGCAGAAUUGA